CCAAGUGCGACCACUGGUGUUUCUAUGUGGACUGACCAUUACAAAAGCUAAUUCUUUAAAAUCAUAGGCUACUUCUAGAAGGCUACUGUGUUACAGAAAUCUGGCCUGACGUUUCGCGAUUUCUUUGUAUCAGCAGCGUGUUAGUUUCACAUUUUGUAUCACAUUCAUUUCCUCUUCGGCGAUUUACUUGUUGCCACCAGUUUGCUUCAUUUUUGUCACGUGUCUGAGUAAGUUUAUUUCCCAGUUACCCUUGCGUGCGGCAAAACAAAGAUGGCGGGAGCCAGCUCGGAUGCAAAAGCUGCUGUCACCUGCUGUCAUCUAUGAAGUGAUGAGCUGAGAAGGGAGAUUGGCACCUAGACGACGUAUUUUAUCUACAACCACUGUACUGCAACAGGAUUGCAUCGUAUCCAAAAAAGUAAAUCAAAAUGCCUUCUCCAAAAGCAAAAAAUAAUAGUGGACGCAGUGGUAAUUCUCCCGGUGGCAACGGGCGUUAUGAGUUUAUGUCCCUUAACCGACGUCCACAACAUUUGUUGCAGCGACAAGGAUCCGACCCGACAUCGGCUAGACUACGUGCAUCUGAGAGCCCGAAUCGUCGUCGAGGUUCGGGUUCGUCCAAUUCGUCUACCGGCGGACAGCUCCCGGAAGAAGACUGUAUGCGACUGAACCCAUCUAUCGUCGGCAUCGCAUUGAGUUCAUUGUUAGCCAUGGACUUGUGGCUGUCGAAGCGUCUGGGAGUGUGUGCUUGUGAGGAUUCCUCCUGGGGAAGUAUACGGCCGCUGAUGAAACUGAUCGAGAUUUCUGGACACGGGAUACCGUGGCUUGCUGGUGCUGCUUACUGCCUCUACAAAAGCGAUAGCGCAGCCGGUCAAGAAGUCAUGCUCAACCUACUCAUGGCUCUGGUGUUGGACCUGAUCCUGGUGGGCAUAGUGAAAGCAGUGGUGCGCCGCCGACGCCCAGCCCACAACCGGAUGGACAUGUUUGCCACCUUCUCUGUGGACCGCUACUCCUUCCCGUCGGGCCAUGCUACGCGGGCCGCCAUGUGCGCCCGCUUCGUGCUGGCCCACCUGGUCCUGGCGGCGCCGCUGCGUGUGCUCACCCUGCUCUGGGCCGUGCUGGUGGGCUUCUCCCGGGUUCUUCUGGGGCGCCACAACGUCACCGACGUGGCCUUUGGCUUCGGCAUGGGCUACUUCCAGUACAACCUGGUGGAGGCGCUGUGGAUGUCUCCUGCUGCACUGCCCGGCCUGAUGGGACAGUUUGCGUAGAGUGAUGGGAUAGUUCUCGUAAGAGGAGUGGAGGAUCACAAAGGGGAUGCAUGGUGGUGGAGGUGUGUGUUGGGGUGGGGGGUGCUACAGACUGUAGAGUUUUGGUUACGCAUGGAGAGAGAUUUUAGAACUUUACCUUCUAUUCCUGCCACGAUUAUCUUCCAAGGCUGUCCAUGUGUCCCCAUGCCUCAUUGCCUGCAAAGAAAAGAGAUCAUUCAGUCAUCACCAUCAUCAAACCACCCAGUAUAGUCUUUGAUUACAAAACACUUUACAGCCCCAUAACACACCUGGCUGAGUCUCAGAAUAGACUAUCUCUGAGUGUACUUGAACAAGAGUGGGGAGAGGAAUUUUACAGGAUAGUUCCAGCUACCCGCAGGGAGUGUUCUGCCCCCAAUACUGGUGCAUAGGGGAUUGUGUGUGUGUGUGGGAGGAAGUCUGUUUUUGGUGUUUCAGGCUUGAAGUGGAGCCUGUGGUACCACAGGCUAUAUCAUUGCACUGCUAGCUUUCAGUGUGAAGUGUAAAUCUUUACCUCAUUGUGUUCAUGCUCUAGAGCAGAACUUGAUGGAGGUGUUUGUUUUAUCGUACAUUCUUGUAUAGAGUACAUUUAUUUAUUUUUCUUCUCACUGAUGUAUGUCGACGUUCUGUCUCGUCAUGCUGAAUCCAUCAUGCAAAAUUGCAAAUAGGUACAGUAUAUGUGUUGUUUAUGUUUGUUAUGUUGUUUUUAUGCUGAUUUUUUUCCUGAAAGAAAUGAAUAGGUAUUAUGAUGGAAUAUGGGGAUUGUGUUUGUUUUUUCAAAUGUCUGCUUUUGUCCCAUAACUGUUAGGAGGCCUUUAUCUAGGAAAUUGUGUGGGAGGAGCAGGCUUCAUUCAGUUUCUUUUCCGUCUUUUAGAGUGCUGGGCCAUGUUUACAUGGACGCCUCUUUUCCAACUAGAAAUGCAAUAACGACUCAAUUGGAAAAUAAAUUGUCAUAUAAACACCUCAAAAUUCCUGAUCCGAUCAUAAUUUUAAUCGGAAUGAAAGAGGUGGUGUAGUCCGCUCCUAUUCCGAAUAAACACCCAUGUAAACGGUCAUUCGGAUUGACUGCUGUAUCUUCUCAAAGACAAGUAGGCAACAACGGCUAUUCCAAUCAAAGAUUCUAAAACACUUGAGAGCACCAAUCGGAAUAGAACGAGACGGCACGAAUCUUUCGGAAUCGGAAUAGUUUCGGAAUGACAAAAAAACAGUCCAUGUAAACGUGGCUAUUGAUAAGAAAGACGAAAAAAAGGCUGCACUUUGCAAAACUGUUUAUUGCAAAGACUCGUUUCAAUGUAGUGCCUUAUUCAGUGUGCUCAAGUGAAUGAAUGCUAGGUUACACCCUUACAUACACCCCCAUAAUCAACCAAUGACGAUACAGUAACAUUCAAUACAAUAAUUAAAUUAAAGCAGUCCAUCACUUAUUAGUUCAACACGUUAUAGACAGAAUUAUAUCAUACACAGGCUCAUUUAAACAGCUUUUUCCUCCUUUACAAGAAACAAGACAAAGACAGGCCCUCAUUCAUGCCAUUAUGUGUGCAUAUAGACAGACUGAUGGUUUCCAGACCCACAAACCUAAGUGAAUUGGCAUCAUGGCCUGCAGUCUCUGUGAGCAUGCAAUUGCAUACUACACAAUUAAAUCACUAAGUUACCGUGUGGUAUUCUGAUAGAAAGAAGUGGCACUAUGAAGGCACUAUGCUGUAACACGUCAGUGCAAUAAACACUUGUAUGCAAAGUGCAGCCUUUAUUCCUCUCUCUUACCAGCCUUCAUUUACAGUAGGACCAUCCAUAUAGUAUCAGUAGGCAUGGCAGUGUUUACAAGAGUCCUGGUUCUAUAACACAGCUGUGAAGUUUUUUAUGGUUAAAGUGAUGGGUGGUGUGCAGUAAAACUUUCUCUCAGGGCAUGUUUUCCAAAUUUUGGAAGCCAACUUACGCAAGUCCAAGAUAGUGCGCCUGAGGGUACUGAGGGUCAACUGUGUCUCUUUGUAAUCAUUUAAUGACCAGUGGUAUAUCUUAUACUGAGGAGAUCUUUCCAGAGAUCUUUUCAGAUACAGCUAACAGGUUAAUAUUCGACUGCAGUAGUGAGUUUGAUGAUUUAAUAUUUUGCUAGACUGACGCCAGGGUGUGACGCCAACAUCUCUUGCGACGGAAACGGUCACUAGGCCACGUUAACUGAGGUGACUGACUAGAUGAACAGUCUCUGUCCACACUGUCCCAGUGCCUGGCUGUCCUCAUGGUAGAUCACGGCAUCCAGCUUUUUAGGAUCUAAUCAUUUGAUUUCAUGGGCUUCAUUUAAAGGUGCUCUAAGUGAUGUUGGGUAACGUCACCGCUGUUGACGUUCAAACAAAACGAAACAGAGAGCUAGCUUGCUACUCCCUCCCGUGCAAUUGAAACUUUCCUAAACUAGCAUCUCAUCUGUGAAUUGCUGGAACAGUUUGUUAUGUUUUUAUGGUCCAGGUUGGACCAAGUUGUUUUUGUUGCCAUUUUUGGGGCCUGAGCUGUCCACAGAGACCAUGUUUUUUUACAGUGUAUUCAGGGCACAGACAGCUAGCGGAUGGUGAGGUGAUGUUUGCAGUAUGUGACAAAAAAUGUUUUAGCUUAGAAACCGCAUAACAUCACUUAGAGCAUGUUAAACGCCCUGUGUUAGAUUGCUUUAUGGCCAUGAUCUGAAAUACCAAGAUCUAAACAAAAAUAAAUCUUAAAAAUUCAUUUAUAACAUUGUUUCCCCAACACAUAUUUUACAUGCAAAUAAUCUUCACUGAUCAGAUCCACCAUUGACAUUGCACUUUAAUGAUUGUUUAUGUGGAGAGCUACUUUACACUAUUCUCUACAAGUGAAUGUAAAUCGCCUUCAUGAAGCAUGAAGCCCUGUGUUGUUCAGAUUUCACUUUUUUACUUGUCAGUUCAUCUGACCUUGCUAUUUUAUCCCCUGUUCUUUUUUUGUCUUCUUCGUGGCAUCUUCAGACGCUUUAGAUGGAGCACUGCAGUGCAUUCAUCCUCGUGAAAUUUCAUCUCGCUAAUACCCAGAGUGUCAUUAAGGUGAUGUCAUUGUAAGUUUUAUCCCUGCAAAACUAAAGGAUUCAUGAGAAGGGGAAACUCAGAGAUGGGUUAAAUUCAGGUGCAGUUGGCUUCUCGCCCUCUCCUACUGUGUAGAACAGGUGUGUCUGCAGCUGGUCCAGAAAGGGCAGGGUGGACGAUGUAGCGAAAAUAUGUGAUGGGAUCUGGGCAAACUCCUUGAUUUCUGCUCUGUUUCAACCCUCUCUGGUGAAAUUUCACCAGCGUAAGAUUCUGAUACCAUCCUAGCAAUAUCCUUGAUACCGUCCCCUAGCAAUAUCUUGGAUACCAUCCUCACAAAAUCAUGGAUGUUGCUAGGAUGGUAUCAGAAUCUUAAGUUGGUGAAAUUUCACCAUGUGAUGGGUUUUCCCAAAUCCCAUCAUAUAUCUUCGCACCCUGCUCACCACUGUGCUUAGAUGGAUUGAAUUCGGCUCACUUAUCUUUCUCUUUUCCAAAUCCUGCUUCCCUGCUUGUGUGUGUGAGAGAGAGGAUAAAUGGUUAUGCUAUGUAUAAAGGCCACCAACUCUUAAUACCCCUUCAGUGAUUAUUAAAACUGUGAGUGCUAUCUAUUAUGCCUGCCCGAUCCCCUUUUUCCCACAGGAGAGGAUUGCGAGUGAGAGAUAGAGAGCUCUAGUUCCAUUUUAGCUCAUGGCCUCACCCCCCCUCCGGCCAGCUCGAUUGAAAUUCCUCUCCUCAUCCUCCCCUCUCCCGCAACCCGCCACCCAUCCACCACCCCCCACCUCACCUCUCCAUCCCCCCACUUUCCACCCCCGCACCCUGCUUCUUCGGGUCUUACGUAACCUCAGCAAACUCUCCAAAGUUCCUCUUAACCCUUUACAUGCCUGGUGUGCUUUCUCAGAACCUCAGCAGGUCUGUGUAUACGUGCAUAUUACUGUAUGUAUGGGGGUCCAUGUUAAUGUUUGCAGAUUAUUUUAUACAUUCCAAAAGUUUCAGCAAUACCUGUGACCACUCUUAAUGCAUGGGGUUAAUCAGCAUGGGCUAGGCGACUCAUGUACAGAUCCUUGUCAAAUGUUGAUGCCAUGGAUGACCACUCAGUUUUUUUUUUACCAGUGUAAACUGGUACGUGCGUUUUGUUUUACACAUGUACUAUGCAGAGGGUUUCAUCCAGGGAAUACUUUUGUGACUUGCUAGUCUUCGAUAUCUCUUUAGCCAUCUAUUCUGUAGGCAACACAGUCCUCCAAGACACGUAUUCUCAGACGGAGCAGUCCCUGCUGUUUUAUUUCACCAUUGCAAUAAUUUAAAAGCUCUGCCUUUAGGCUAUUUUUUGCUCAAAGGACCAACUGCUGUAUCAUUGUCUAAAUAAAGACUGUGGCAAAAGCCUGAAUACACAGUUUUUUUUUGUAUGCCUUCAUUACAUAAGGCCUCAUCACCAGCUACUACAAAGUGAAUAUGAUCUCAAUAAUAAUCUUUGUUGUACAUUAUAUAAUCCUUAAUCUGCUGUCAAGUCUUCUGUAUGUUAAAAUGUAAAAGAUGUUAACUUGUGUGAAUAUAUGGGUAGUGUGGUAGCAAACAAGAACAAGACUGUUUGUACUAUAUCUGUGGGAUAUGCUCUACAAACAGACCAUAAUGUGAUUGUAUUUUUAAAUAAACGUGGAAGAGAAGAGCUUA